GGCUCUGUUCAGCAAGAGGGCGCAAGGGCCAGUCUGGAGAAAAACUGGGAAUUCCCGCCACGAAUCGCCGAGUGUAAGCUUUGUGUGGGUUUUUUCUACGUCUGAUACAGUGGGCUGCAGUUUGUGUUACUUGUGAUCUCCGGUUUUGCGUCCGAUGUAGCUGGUUUCCGUUAUUAAUAAGCAUAGCUGCUCUACUGAUUUAAUAGUUACUGGCUUAUUGACUACUCGAAAUGGGUCUGUCUGAAGAUGCCGACCAAGAAAACACUGAGGAGAGGUUUCGCGGCCUUUGUGCCGAUCUCAACAUUGACAAAAACACAGCCGAUGAAGCCUGGCGAAACUAUGAAACUCUUUCCACCAACUACACUCUUGAGGGUGAUCGAAUCCAUUGGCUAUGUUGCGCCUUGUAUGUUGCUUGCCGAAACAGCACUGUUCCAACUGUGGGACAAGUUGGAACAGUAGAGGGAAACUGUGUUAGUCUUACUCAACUCAGACGAAAAUGCAACAUCAGCAUGCUAGAUUUCUUUGACAAAUCGAGGAAAUGGGCAGACAUGGCAAACCUGUCUGAAGAAUUACGUCGCAAGUUUGUUAGCUUGGAACGUAACUUUGAAGUCUGCUCUGUGAUUUUCAAGAAGUAUGAUGAGAUGUUCAAAGAAAUCUUCCAAGAUCCGCUUAACGACCCUCCUAGACAGCCACGUUCUCGGAAGUCACGCAAACUUCCUUGCUCUGCAAAAGAUGUUUACGACUUUUGCUGGGCUUUCUUCGUACGCAUUAAGACUAAUUUCUCACAGAUCCACGAAGAGCUAGUCAGCUGCUUUCAUUUGCUACUAGCUUGUCUUGAUUACAUCUACGGAAAUUCUCUUGUUGCCAAUCGCCGAGAACUCUUCAACCCUCAAUUUCCUGGUCUGCCUAGCGACUUCCACAGUCGUGAUUACAAAGCCCCUUCUGAACCUGGCUGCAUCGUUGAGUGUCUUUACUCAAGAAACAGCAGCCAGGACGAAAAAACCGUUGUUGACGUCAAGCGAAUCAAAACGCAUGUUCUCAGACCUUACGUCAAAAGCCUCAUCGAAAAAGAGGUACUGAAGGGUGACAAAAGGACUCUAUGCGGAAUUCUCGACACAGCUGUCUUCGACUUAAACAAGAAAGUGGUCAACAAUGACUAUGAGGAUUACGUGCAUCGUGUCGGCGAUUUCGACGAGCGUAUUUUCUCCAGUCCUGAUGCUCUAACAGAGAUAGGAACCCCGGUGAAAGCCACUUUCAACAGUAUAGCUUCUUUCGAAGAACAAAAGCUGAUGGUCUACCCAGCCCGCCGCAAUUUGCAAUCACAAUUCGAUGGUUCACAUCACCUGGCGCUGGCCACGCCUUUGACCGGUCGAAAUUUCCUCAAAGCCAAAGAACCUGGAUCGGUAACGCCCGUAUCGACAGCCACUCAAAGUGUCAGCCGGCUGCAGGCUCUGGUCUCCGGUCGUCAAACGGGACCUAGCGAGGAGCUCAGACGUAUUUUCAGUGAGUGUUCUAACAAUCCAGGGGAGAGUAUUCAAGCCAGGGUUAAGGAAAUGGGCGAGAAAUUCUGCGCUCACUAUGUCAAUCAGGCCGAUGAAGGGCGCACUAAUGGUUUCAGUAUGGAUAUGGCUCGCAAACGUCUGCAGUUAGGAGAAAGCCUGUACUACAAGGUUUUGGAAAAAAUCAUCAUCGACGAACGCAGACGUCUCAAGGCAGGCACAGAUCUAUCAGGAAUUCUACAACAAGAUAUGCUUCAUCAGCUUUUGAUCACUUGUUGCCUAGAGAUUGUUCUGUUCUCUUACAACUCCCAGCGCACAUUCCCAUGGAUCUUGGAAGUCUUUCCUAUUCAACCUUUCUACUUUUAUAAGGUAAUUGAAGUACUCAUUCGGGCUGAAGAUUUAUCUCGCGACGUAGUAAAGCACCUAAAUCACAUGGAAGAGCAAAUUCUCGAAUCUAUGGCAUGGCGUUACCAAAGUCCCUUGUGGGAAUACUUAAAGAGCUGCGAUCAACCCAUUCCUUCUUGUGAAGAAGUUUCGCUACCAAGCCAACUUCUGCCACCAACCCCUUCUGCUCCGCAGACUCCGGCUGUCGUCCAGUCAUCAGAUCCAGUCAGAAACACUCCGCAGCAGCCAAUACCUUAUUCGCCAUCGACUUACGUCACCAAUAAGAGAGCGGAAUCUAGUCUUGCUGCCUCUCUUCUGCAAUCACCCGUGUCAUCGGUGGCGUCAGUAAAUGAACGUACGCCAGCCCAAUCGUCAAGGAGGAAAUUGUUUCCCGGGCCUGAAACAGUUCCGCCAAGUCCCUCUAAUACAGCGGCUACUCCUGCUUCUGUUGGCAAUGCAAUAAAGGCUUCUUCCAAACUGGAAUUAAAUGAUCAGAAAAUGGAACUUCUGCCCAGUCCCAGUGUGGUAACAACGGCUGACAAUAAACCUAAGAGAACGGGAUCCCUGAGUCUAUUUUUUAGAAAGUUUUAUCAUUUGGCAUCCGUUCGGCUACAAGACUUGUGCAAUCGUCUCGAGUUGUAUGAAGAAGACUUGCGUAAGAAGAUCUGGACAUGUUUCGAGUUUUCGGUGAUGAAGCAUAGCGAUUUAAUGCAAGAUCGUCACCUUGAUCAAAUUUUGAUGUGUGCAGUCUACGUAAUUUGUAAGGUAACUGGUAGAGACAAGAACUUUACCGAUAUUAUGCGCUGCUAUCGAACACAACCCCAUGCUUCGAGUCACGUCUAUCGCAGUGUUUUGCUAUGCACCAAAGCACGCCGUGGAUCUGCUUCGUCUACCUCAGGUUCGGCGUCAUCAGUAACCGGAGGUAAUCAUCCUUCGACCACUCCAAGUCCUUCUCCCAGCGAAGAAGACGAUGAAGCAGCUACUGGGUCUACUGUUAAAGUUAACGGUGACGAAAAGAAAGCAGAAUCCAAUGGAGAGAAGGCACUUCCACCAGUUCGUUCUUCGUCGACAUUGCCUUUCCCUCAGCCUUCGUCCUGUCCACCUACCCCGACAGGUUUAGCUGGCACCUCAUCCAGCUUCGAGUACGAAGAUCGAGGAGAUUUGAUUCUAUUCUACAACACGGUCUACGUUCGUCGACUUCAGGCCUUUGCUCUUAAAUUCUCAAACAGGAACCGUCUGGAGUCAUUGCCCUUGUCGCCUUUGCCUUUACAGCGCCAAGUUCCUCUUUCUCCGCGUCGAAAAGUGUCUGCAAAGCAUACGGUCUUUAUUAGUCCGCUUAAAGGCAAUGUCAUCUCUCAUUCGCCGCUGCCUAUGCGUUAUAGCUUUAAUCGUAGCCCGUCGAAAGAUCUUCAGGCCAUCAAUGCCUUUUUACGCGAAGAGCGUCCGACGAAACGCCUGCUCUCCUACGAGAUUGGUCCACGAGACGCAGCCGACGCUGCUAUGGCUCCACCUCCGCCCAAAUUCGCCAUGACAGUCGAAAACGCCGGUGCGGCGCGCAAGAUCUCUUUUCAUUGAAGGACAUGUCAUUGACACUUAGCUGCAACCUAUUUCGCUUGAUUUUUCUGACCCUUCUCCCUCGUCAUCUGGCUUUGAUUCCCCCCUGCGUUCCUUUUCCCCUUCGUUUUCACUUUUCUUUAUCUCAACUCAUGCAUCUGAACAGAUUAACACUACUUUCCUUUUUCUGGUUCAUCCUCCCUCAACAAAAUAAGAGAGGUAACCAACCUCCCAAACUAUUUGGUCUUGACCAUUCUUCUUUUAAUUUUUCCCCAAUUUUUUGUUAUUCUCAACCUUAUUAGUAGAAUCACAAAAUAGGUUUUUUUCUGAUUUUUUUUUCUCUUUGUUUAAUUGAUUGUGGAAUUUGUAUUGUCAUGUUGGCUAUGGGUCGGUGUUGAAUGUUAAUGGAAUGGUUUGUGUUGCUUGACUUGAAUCAUAUGGAAGUGAGAUAUCGGUGAUGAGUACGAACGUUGAAGUAGCCGCAUCAACCAUCUUGGGGAAAUUGCAACGUUUUUUUUUUUUCUAGUUUCACAAUCACUAUUUCAGUUUUGAGAUUUUUCCCAUGAGACUUUUGAGUAAAAGAAUGUGUAGUAACUUUGUUUGGAGCAUAAUUACAAACAUAUGGCUUUCAAUAUUUCA